ACUGUGUGGCGUCAUCUCAGGAAACACGUGUCGUUCCUUGGCUAAUUUGAUCUUCUCCACUCACACGUGUCCUUGAAGAGCAGCCAUUGUUUGGCUUAACCACCGGAAGUUUUGCUCCAGCCGGAUCUUCGCCGGCGAAAUAAAUUACAUGAAGGAAGCAUUUUUUUAAUUUCGAUUUGUGAAGAAGCGAUCUGUGUAUAAGUGUCAUCGCUUAAUCAACCCAAAUCUCAAUCUCUUUUCCGGAAUCGAUUCCUGUAAGAGAUAGAAAAUUCAGAUUCCUCAUAGGAUCGGCUCCAUAGAAACCUCCAACAUCACACCGUUCUUCUCCACUCUCUGAUCUUCUCAGCGUCGUGCGAGAAGUUAGAGAGAACACAAAAGCUGCAUUUAAUCCAGUCAUCAAAAUCAACUCUACGCGCUGAGAUUUUCGAUUUCUUCUUUUCCAAAUAUGCAUGUUAAAACUCUCUCUGUAAGAGCCGAUUCUUGUUCUCGAAGCAUCAACAAGGAAGAAGCGUGGAGAAAAAAGAUACUAGCGGCUAGAGAGAUGGUGUUUCAUGCCUCAGGUUUAGGACCCAGUUGCUGCGACGUUCGGGACAUACCCAGCAACAAUGAUCAGAACGAGAUCGGUUACAUAUCGAGGACGAAGCAUCUGCAUCUCAGAUCAGAAGAAGGUGAUGAUGAUAAGGACAACAAGGUGCUUGCGAGAGAGAAAAGGGUGAGGAAGAACACUUCGGAAGCAGAAGCUGAUUCUUCUUCAUCAGAAAAUUCUUGUUUCGUGGCCCACGUUACGGAUUCAAAUCUACAGGAAGACUCUCUGUGUUUUCCACAAGAUUUCACGAGCUCAAUUGGUCUUAAAAGAAAGUGCCGCAAGAUUGUUUUAACAGAUGGAAGGGAAAGAUCAUGGGCAUUGGAUCUGAGGUUCAACAAAUCAUCUGAUACUUUUUACAUAACCCGAGGUUGGAAAACUUUCUGUGACGAAAACGGCAAAAAAGCAGGAGGUUUCUUUACCUUCAAACUAAUGAAAAAGGGGGAAACACCUUUGCUCAGUUUCUGGCCUUCAGAAUCUAUCAAUGAUGGAACACAAGCAGAUGAGAACAAUCGUCAAGGAUGUAGAGACUUAAUUUCACCAAACCAGAACCGAUUUGUGACUUUAACACUCACAAAUGACAGCCUCAAAAGCAGUAGACUGUACCUUCCAUUGCAAUUUUUGAAAGAAAAUGGCAUGGACAAACCGGGGAUGGUAACUCUGUUGGGAAACGAUGGUACAAGGAGGCUGGCAAAUCUUCUACGGGAAAGCUCAGGAAGAAUGAGUUUGGGAAAGGGCUUGAAAGAUUUUACUAAAGCAAACGGAUUAAAGAUGGGAGAAUCCUUCACAUUGGAGCUAAUAUGGGAAAAUGCAACUCCUGUGCUCAGACUGCUCAGUGCGGAACUCAGAAGCCAGAACCGAUUUGUGACAUUAACACUUACACAUGACAGUUUCAAAAACAGUAGACUGGGUCUUCCAUUGCCAUUCAUGAGAGAGAAUGGCAUGAACCAACCUGGGACAAUAGCUCUGUUGGGAAAAGAUGGUACAAAGUGGAUGGCAAAUCUUUUACGAGAAAGCCAAGGAAGGAUGAGUUUGGGAAAGGGCUGGAAAGAUUUUGCUAGAGGAAACGGCUUAGAGAUUGGUGAAUCUUUCACGUUAGAGUCAAUUUGGGAAGAUGCAACUCCUAUGCUCAGGUUGUCCGGUACAGUCUCCAAAAGUGAUAGAAGGCUACAAGGAGAGCAUUGUUGUGAAGCUAGCGAGAAAGAGUCUGUUAUCAGAGAACUUAACGAGAGCAACAUAGAUGAGAGGAGUAAUUCAUCUUCACUAGUCCAAAACUGAUUCGUGACAUUAGCACUUGUAACUGAAUAUGUCAAUGCGUGUACAUUGGAUCUUCCAAGUCAAUGAAUGAGAGCUUAUGGUAACUCUGCUGAACAAAGAUCAAAUGGAGUGGUUUGCAUAUCUAUUGUCAGAAGAUGGAAUCGUAGCUUUAGAAAUUUCUGUGAGGCUAAUGGCGUCAAGACAGGAUUCAUUUUAUGAAGAAGAAGACUAAAACCUCGGUAUUUCUAGACUAAACUUCAAUACUUUUUUUGGUGCAUUGUUUCAUCUUGUUUAUUAUUCUGAAACUUAAGAACCGUUCAUCGUAAAUUCGGUUUUCAUUGUAAAUUCGACCAGUGUUCUUUUCUGUCACUUUUCAAUAUAAGUUGAUUAGACAUCUUCAA